AUGGUGCAGGAAAGCUACCGCGGAUUGGAAUGGCAGAGGCGGAAUUACCCGCUUCUCAGCCUGGAAGAAGCGAACGAGGUUCUGCGCAGAAGUGAGAUGUCUCGGAAUCCGGACAUUCAGGGCUCUGUCCCUGUCACCCGCUUCGACACCCUGAGGCUCGAGGCGACAAGCCCAUGCCAGGACAAUUACACUUACGAGACCGCUCAUGUCGGCACGGGCUCGCCAUGGCAUUUCUGGGGGGUCUUUGACGGCCAUGCCGGCCACCAGACUUCGACUGUGCUCAGCCAGGCGCUCGUCUCGUACGUGGCACGAGAACUCAGGCAGGCAGACAAGGCCGACCCAGCCAGCAUCGACAAAGCCAUCACGCAAGGAUUCGUCAAGCUCGACGACGACAUCAUCAGGGGGGCUCUGGAGUCCGUGACCAGCGGGGAGACCCGCCCGCGCGCAGAGGUCAUCGCCGACAUCGCCCCAGCAAUCUCAGGCUCUAUGGCCGUGCUCGGUGUCUACGACCCGGCCACGUCUGCACUCCGCGUUGCGUCCGUCGGGGACUCACAGGCCGUCCUGGGCGUGUACAAAGGCCCAAGUCCAGAUGGCGACCCGUCUCGGCCGACAUGGAUGGCAGCCCCCCUAUCCACCCCCCAGACGCCCGACCGCCCGGACGAGCUCGCCAGCAUCCACGACAAGCACCCGGGGGAGCCCGACGCGGACCUGUUCACCCCGGACGGGAGACGCCUGCUCGGCCUGCCCGUCACCAGGGCCUUUGGUGACCACAGGUGGAAAUGGCCCGAGGACGCGGUCACGGCGGCACACAAGAAAUACUACGCGCCUCCUGGCCGCCCGAAUGCGAAGACCCCGCCGUAUCUCUCGGCCGAGCCUGAGAUCGCCACCGCAACAGUCAAGGCGGGUGACUUUGCCAUUCUCGCCACGGACGGCCUGUGGGACACCCUGUCUCCAGACAUCGCAGUCCAGUGCCUACAGAUGUGGUGCCACGACGGCAGGCUUAACGGCCCCCGUGAGCAUCAGGGCACUGCCCAAGACCAGGAGCCAGAGAGCGUAGAGUCCGUGCCUGUUUUCCCCGCCCGCGACGACGAGGCCCCGACGAGGGUGGGCUCUGCUUGGGAGUGGAGGGCCCGGCCCGAGGACCUUGUCGUCCAAGACGACAACGCCGCCACCCACCUUGCGCGGAACGCCCUUGGUGGCAAGCGGAGGGAGCAGUUCUGUACGAUCCUGGGGGUGCUGGACCCCCACAAGGACGAUGCGCACGACGAUACCACGGUCCAGGUUCUGUUCUUUGGCGAUAGGGAGUCUCACCGAGUCCAGAACUGA